CUAAUCCCAUCAUUUUAACCAUCGCCUCUAUCUCUCACAAUUUCUUCGUCAGUUUUUUGGAAGUGAGAUCAUCCUCCUCUAUUCGCUCGCUCCCCAAAUUACACAUUGUACGGACUCGAUCAUCCGCAGCGACGCCGAUCGAUCGACUAUGUCUCGCAUGUGUUCGCAGUGCGGAAACAACGGCCACAACUCGCGCACCUGCUCGGACGCCAGCGGUGGAGCAUCUGGUGGCGCCGGGGCCUCCGGCAGCAACACCGGCAUCAUGUUGUUCGGUGUACGGCUCACGGAAGGACCGUUCCGGAAGAGCGCUAGCAUGAACAAUCUAGUUCAGUACGAGCAGCAGCCUCAGGACUCGAAUCCUGAUGCCGCCGCCGCCGACUACGACUCCGAUGACGUCGUCCACGCCUCCGCUCGAUCUGGUGAACGCAAAAGAGGAGUGCCAUGGACGGAGGAAGAGCACAGGCGGUUCUUGAUAGGUUUGCAGAAGGUAGGCAAAGGAGACUGGAGAGGAAUUUCUAGAAACUUUGUGAAGACACGCACUCCUACUCAGGUCGCUAGCCACGCUCAGAAGUACUUUCUCCGGCUGAACAACCACAACCGGCGCCGGCGCCGAUCAAGCCUCUUUGAUAUCACCACGGAUCCGUAUAUGGAUUCAGCGACGGGGGAAAAUCGGAUUCAACCGCGUAAUCUCGCUUCAAUACCUAUUAAUCCCAUCCCUCCGUCGUCAAAAAUGGCAGGUCUCAAUCAGAAUCAGACGCCAAACGCUUACCUGUUACCUCUGUCCCUGAAGCUCUCGAUAUCGCCGCCUCCGCCUCUGCCUCCGCCUCCGCCUCCGCCGGAGUAUCACUCACCGGCGGCGAGACGACCUUCUUCUUUCCAGGCCAUGCCCGACAGCUUGAACAGCAGCAGCGGAGAUAGCGUCAUCAGCGUUGCUUGAAGAACGUAUAAUAGUUAAUUCCCCGUGCAAGUGAAAAGGUUAAAAAUUUUAAUUCCAAGUUGGGAUUAGUUAGGUUGGAGUAGACAUUAAGAUUAGGUUCUUUAUUGGGCGAUCGCCGGUUUGUACAGAGAACGAGAGAGAGGUGGAGAGAGAGAGAAUUAAAGAGAGGGUUAUGAAAAGAUUCGCUGUCAUUCUCAGUGGUUGGAGGAUUCUUGUUUGAAUAUGUCUCUGGGUUGCGUUGUGUGUCAAGAGUGAUUAUAGUGGCACCAGCCCGCUCUGCCACUGGUUCUUUCUGUCAAGGACUUCUAUUUAAAGAUAUACAUACAUAUAUAUAUAUAUAUGCGCGCGCGCGCGCGCGUGGGGGUGUGUGUGUCAAUAUUAUGUUUUCGUGAUUCCUGUUC